GGAGAAGUCGAGACGUGCAAUCGUGGACGCGUGUCGCGUUGCAGAAGUCCAAGACGUGCAGACGUGCACCGGUGCACGCGUAGGACGCGGGUCGCAUUAACCACCCCUCGCCUUUAUAGACGCCUCCUCGCACUCUCUCUGUCACUCUCACUCGCUCACGCAUCGCCAACUCUCUCACGUCCCAUCAUCUUCUCCAAAGCAAAAAACCCUCUCCCUCUCCCUCUUCCUCUUCCUCCGCCGUAGAGAUGGACAAGGAGAAUGCCAAUCCCAUCGUCGAGGUGGGCGCAAAGCGCGACGCCUCCAUCUUCGGCGCCGUCCCCUAUACGGACGACGACGCCUCCGCCGCCGCCGCCGCCGCCGGUGCAUCGGACGCUGCUGCCGCCGGUGGCAGUCAGAUCCCGGCGGGAUGGGUCGACCCCUACGACCCCGUGCCGUACGUCCCGCCCCCGAACCCCUACGACACCUCCCUGGAGGACCCAUGGAACGAGAUGUCUGGCAGCGACGUCGGCAGCGACGAAGAGGAGGAGGACGUCAAGACUCGCCAGGUCCUGCGGAGGCUGCAGGUCGGCCAGUACAUCUCCUACUUCGCCAAGGAGGUGUACAGGUGCCCCUUCUGCACCAGGAGACUCGGCGCCACGGACUUCAACUGCCUCGUCACGCAUGCUGAGAACAUCAGCAACACCUUCCCCAACGUCGGCACGACGGUGAACGUCCACUCCUUCCGCGCCAAGCACAGUGGCGCUCGGCAUGCACCUCCGCAGCUUGCAGCGGGUGGAGAUCUCCGCCGGCCGCAUGCCUCCGCUCAAGCCCAAGGCUCCCAAGGGGAGCAAGAGCAACAAGUGGAGGCAGAGCCAGAUGGGGUAGGCGGAGUCCCUGGACGUGUGCUGCUGCUGCUGCUGCCUCCUAGUUUGUUGUUGGGAUCCCUUUGUUGUUAGCUAGGGAUCCCUUGUUGUUAUGUUAAUAUGAUGGUGCUGUGAAGAACCUGUUACUAUGUUGGCUGCUGUGUAUGCAGCCUAUUAUCUAUCCAUAUUAUCUAGGGAUUAUCUAUCCCUAGUCUACUAUAUUUUGUUGGCCGUACUUAGUUUUCUUGAUUUACUAUGACUGUGAAUUUAUCGUACAUUAUCCUGGAGAUUUGCUUCUAGAUUUAACUACAUACAUAUGGACCAGAGGGAGUACUAGAUUUGCUGCCAUAUUGGGCAAACAACGAGGGCCAAAAGGCACAAAUAAUUGAAGAAAGUCAGAAAUGCAAGCUUCUCUAGAUUUUAUACUAAUUUGGUGAAAAGGACAGAGAGAAAGAGGGGAAAAAGGUGCACUAAAUAAUGCCAAUUUGGGGCCGAGAGAGACAGAACCCAGCUCCUGCUCACGUGCAACCAAACGCUUCUCGUCCUGUCCCACGCGGUCCCUUUCUACCAGCCCCACGCGACGCGGGCCCACACGACGCGGCCCCACACGACGCGGCCCCACACGUGACAGAACGGUCAACUAAACGGGAAUCCUGCCGUCUGAGUUGCUUCUGCGGGUUUCAGACAAACGUUUGGGGGUA